AUGAAAAGCCAACAGACAAGCGAAAGCCUAAGAAAAGCGUCGACAGAAAGUCUAAAAGAUUUUCCAAUCGCUCAAGCCCCGAUGAUUUUCGGCCGCGAAGAAGACAAGUUCUCUAAAGAAACGUUUGGAUACAUUUCAGCAGCUAUUGUUGUGGCUUUACUGCUGUUUUUCGUCCUUAUUCUCAAACGAAUCGCCACGCUUGACGACACUUUCUGCGGAUGUUUCUUUUGCAAGCUCGGGAAUCAUUCCUUUUGCCCUGGAGAGAACGAAGAGUUCUUGAAUAUGAGCACUUGCUCCAUUGUGUUUUAUGGCCUUUUCUGA